UAUCAUCAACAGGAAAACUUGUAAUAGGCCUAGCAAUAAACUUUGAGGGGGUUUUAUUUUCGCGCGCAAAGUUCGGCGUCAUCUCUUCACAGAAGCGUUGUGUCGCCAUAUUGUGGUGGGAUAUUCUGCCGAGUGCCGGUACUGCGCUGCGGUGAAUGGAAAAAGGAAAAAUUGGAAGUUUCCAAUGUGAUUUUUGUCCGAAACAGUUUCGAACGUUCCGCCUCUAUGCCCUUCACAUACGUGACCACAAACAUGACGCCAAUGAGUGUUUUGUACUGACUUGCAAGACUUGUCCAAAAAAGUAUACAAGUUGGCGAUAUUGGAGACAGCACGUUACACGCUGUGGUCCGGGGUUCAGUCGGAUUCCGAAAGAUAUCGAACGGCCGGCUGCGUCUGCCGCUCAGGCAGAAGUCAGUUCUGUUGAGACCGGCGCAUCGGGUGAUUUCCUUGCAUCAAGUGCAUCUCCACUUGAAGUUGAGCAUAAAUACGUAGCCGAUUUGACUAAAUGCGAAGAAGAUGUGUCGUCUUUUUUGUCCCAUCUGAGGUGUAAUCGAAACUUGACUGAAGCUGGUUGCAUUGAAGUAGCGAAUUUUGUAAAUAGUUUCUGUUUGGAAUCGGUUAGGCAGUCCCAAGAAUAUCCUGGUAAAUUAUCUGAAGCCCUUCCUGCUGCAAAAGCAUCAAGCUCAUGGACCAUUCAUAAGCUUCAUCAAAUUUUUCUUUCUACGUCGGUGAAAUCAAGAACUAUUCAUCUGGGAGUGACAUCUGAAGGCGUGAAACAAAGUUUUCAAUACGUGCCGCUGUUGGAACAGCUAUCCGAGCUGCUGAAGCACGAUGAGCUGAAAAGUGCCUGCUUAAAAGAGAGAUUAAGUGACCUUGCCGACGCCGAACGAGUUUUUGCAGACUUCAAAACAGGCGAGAACCACCGACGUGAAGACGGGCUUUCUCUUAUCAUUUACUAUGAUGACUUCAAUGUGGUCAAUCCCGUAGGGAACAAGGUGAAGCAAAAUAAGCUGGGAGCAUUCUACUUCGCUGUUGGGAAUACGCCAUUCCGAUCCAGAAAGCGACACAUAUUUUUAUUGGCCCUGUUCAAAACAUCCUAUUUGAAAGGACAACACGGACCUCGCAUCAUCAGUACUAUCGUAGAAGAUUUGAAGCGUUUGGAAGAUACAGGCAUUUCUGUGCAAGAUGGACCAAGGCCGGUGCUGGUGAAGGGAUUCCUUUCUCUUUUCGUGGGGGACAAUCUUGCCGUACAUUCCAUAGGCGGCUUCUUCGAGUCAUUCAGCAGAGGGAAAAAAGUGUCUCGGUACUGUAACUGUUCAUCAGAUGACAUACAGAUCAACCUGAGCGCCACCUCAUGCAGGCUGCAAACAGUUGAGGAAUACGACGCAAGAGUUGAGGAACUACAACUCAGGAACUUUGAUCGAGAACUUUGCAAAGAGUAUGGCAUCAAAGCUACAUGUGGAUUUAACGCUCUCAGACACUUCCAUAUAAUUGAGUGCACCCCUCCUGAUCUCGCACACGACCUUUACGAAGGAGUGGUUCCUCUGGUCAUUGGCAAGGUUUUAGGGGAGCUGAUAAAGCUAAAAAUAGUUUCGUUGUCUGAGAUCAACACCAACAUCACCCACUUCCCCUACUCAAGAAACGACGCCCAUAACAAACCGCAACCUGUGUCUCUGAACUGCGGCAAAGUCAGGUGCACCCAGACCGCGAAAGAAGCCUUCAAUCUCCUGCGACUCCUACCGCUUAUCAUCGGCUAUAAAGUACCCAGAGAUCUUCCGGUGUGGAGCAUUCUUCUGUCGUUCGUCGCGAUCGUCCGAUCCUUUGCGGCUCCCAAAGUCAACGAGAGAGAUUUGGGAAGCAUCCAGGCAGCAGUUGAGUCUUGGCUGGCUUCAUUUCUCCAUCACUUCCAAGGCAUUCGAGUGACUCCAAAACUGCAUUAUAUUCUGCAUUACACUAAUCAAAUAAAAAAGCAUGGUGCAUUGAGCCGAAUUACCACUCUCCGCUUCGAAGGCAAGCAUCAGGCUCUAAAAAAAAGUUUGGCUACCUCAAAAAACUACAAGAAUGUGUGCAAAACGAUAGCCGAAAAACAUCAACAGUGGAUGGCAGAGAAACUGCGUUCUAAAGACUUCUUCUCAUGGAAAGACACGUUCAGUCCCUCACGGAUUCAUGAGCAUGGUGACGGUGUCGCGGGGUCAACAAAGGUAGUCAUACGAGGGACCGCAUAUAGAAGUGGAGACGUUGUAGCAGUGACUGAAAAUGAGGAUGUCCAAUUUGGUGCUAUCGUGUAUGUACAGCGAGCACAUGACGACUACUCAUUUGUCUGCAAGCGUCUUCAAGUACUUGACUUUGACAACCAUGUAGGGGCUUUCUAUGUGACCAAGACCGAGGAUGAAGUUGUCAUAAAACACGGGGAGCUCGCAGAUUACCACCCCCUUCAUCUCUACGGGGGUCGAUACGUUGUAGAGCAUCAUACGCUGGCGCCCCGAGCUACCUAUGAAUCUGCCUGCCGGAAUCAAAAUCAAGAUGACUGAGACAAGACCAAGCCUGGCGUAUGUGGUGCAAUGGACAGAGCACGACGCCGUGGUGCACCGCUGCGUCAGAGUGCGGCUCAAGACGGAGAUACUCGUAGCAGCCAUCAACGCUUUCUCAAUCAGGGAGGGAACGU